AUUUUAACUUUGAGUAACGAAUUGUUUCCCAUCUCCCUUCAACUAGAGCGUCGCAGAGAUGCAAAUGGCCGUGUGUACUAUGUGAACCAUCGGACAAAGACGACGCAAUGGGAGGAUCCGCGCCAAACCACAGCACCUCUGCCGCCGGGUUGGGAGAUGCGAUAUACUCCUGAGGGAUUCGUUUUCUAUGUUGACCACAAUACUAGAACCACUACCUUCAAGGAUCCUCGUCAGCCUGGAUCGGUGUAUGUUGUCCUGAAACUUCACCUGUUUGACUUCCUAAGACUAAAUGGAUUAUUUCUGGAUAAUGAGUCAAGUAUGUGGAAGUGGGAUUAG